AUGGAGAAAACGAAUACUUCAGAUAUUGGUCUUGCUGUCACUAAGGGAAUUGCCAACAUACAAUCUUCGGAUUUGACCUCAGUACUGGGCAUCAGUGCUUCCAUCACGAAUAGAGCCACAGCCAAACUCGUGAUAACAUUUCGUUUUCAUACAACACAAACUUUGGCCUUCAUAGAGAAGGCAGCGGCACAGAUGGUGGAUCCGGACUACCAACAUUUCAUAAAGUUGUUCUCGAAUUUACAAAUUCACGACCAGAUAUUUUCCACGCUAGAUCUACCAAACUACAAUGUCGCAAAUUUGAAGAGAUCGUCUUGCUCCGACAACGAUCUCAGUGUUGGCAUAGAGCCUGUGAAGUUUCAGAAGAGGUUGAGGUCCAAAAACAGCGACAAUUUGAUUCCGAAAAGCCAGCGAAUACCGGCGUCCCAGAAAAACAAGAAACUUUAUCGACAUGUCCGAUUGACCAAACAUAACGGCAAUCUCCUACUGAAGGCUUUCACUUUGUUUUCGAAACUUCCUCCUGAACUAAGAGUCAAGAUAUGGCAAUUUUCGUUUGUAGGAAGAAUAAUUGUUGUUGGGGAUUUUCCCAUAAGUGAAGGGCGAUUUGAUGUGUACAAGAAUCAUGUCAGAACACCGAACCCAGUUCAACUUUUGAUCAAUAGGGAAAGCCGCGCGGAAGUCAAGCGCCAAUAUAAAUUUGAUCCGAACAAUCUUGCCAAUUGGCAUGAGUAUCAGUCCAAAUGCCCAUCAAGCCUUUUCGCCCCAAUGUCGGAUUAUUUCACACCAAACUUCGGUACGUACUAUCAUUCGGAGAUCGAUAAAAUAAGUAUGUAUCCUGCCAAAGGGUGA